AUGAACACGAUCCAAUGGUUACCAUUUUCGUCCUCCGGAAAGUCUCCCGAAGAAGCAGAAAACAUUCGUACGCCCAACCUCCUUCAGUUGAACGUGGCAUUCGAGCGAUGGCUCAUGGUCGGAAGGGGGAUGGCCGAGGGCGGCAAGUCUAGGGCUUCGAGGGAAUCCAGCUCGGUUUCAUGGUCAUCAGUUCGCCGCUCAAGAUCGGGGGUUCUUCUCGGAUUGGCUUCCGGCAUGAAGCGUCUCCAACACACCCGUAAACGGGCGCAGACGGGAUCCCGGUGUCUCUUGACCCACGGUGCUAACCUUGCAACGGUCAAGAUGAAGGUUCUAAGCGCAACGAUAGAUUGGAUCAGGGUCGAACGCGUGGAUCUGCCGUUCUGUAUCAUGCCCCAGUUGCGGCCUGAGCUUGAAGUUCAAGCAAGCUCUAAGCUCUGUGAGGUUGAAGUGGAAGAAACGGAGAUAACGCAUCUGUUGCACUGGUCUUUCGUGUCAGAUGGAGUUGUUGGCAGUGAGUUGUAA